UCAAUUCUACAGACAGGAAAGGGAAUAUAGAGCGUACAGUAUCUUCAUUUUACUGCUUUACUGCAUUUUAUUGUGAAAUGUAGCUUUUUACUGUAGUUGAUAAGGGCAGUAAAUGUCUCCGUUAUAUCUGCAUCAUAAAUACUGUUUUAAAAGCUAGAGGAGACACGUUUUCAUGUCUGCACAAUAUUGUGGAUAAUUUUCUGUCAGAAUCAAAGUUACCCAGAGGUAUUACACUGAUUACAGGGAUUACAAUUGGCAUCCCUGCUGGAAACUGGAAGGGAAUGAGUACUUUGAUCAUGGGCACGCCACCAGGGUAGAGUGCUGCUGACACUGGGGAUCCACUCAGUUUUAAACCCCUUCAGUUGGUGUGUUUAACCUAAGCUGCCCCUCUGACCCUCCACCCUGUGAGUAAAGCGGAGCAAGACUGAUGUCUUCAUCUUUCACAUAAAACCAGGAUGACCUUCACCUGACCCAGAAUACGUGUGCCCAUCUCCCUGCAAAAGUGAUUUCAGCUGGUGCCAUAUCAGGAGAUGGGAAGCAGCCAUCAUAUAUGUAGUUAAAUAUUAAAAUGCAGCUUACCACUAGCUACAAUGAAGCCGUGAUGGGUUUGACAGAGCUAUCAUGUGCUGGAGCACAACAGACCUUCAUGAUUUUUAAGAACACACCUGCCUUUCUGCCACAGCAUGGCCGGGAGUCGGAAUAACUACUGGGGACAGCAUGACCUGAACAGAAUGUGCUUUGGGCUGAGUGCUGAUAUGGAACACAACCUGACGGAGCUUCAACAAGAGCAGAUGGCCAAAGAAUGUAACUCCAAUAUCUCCCUACCCCAGUCUUCUUUCUACUCUGAUACUUAUCGCCUAACGUCUGAUAACAUACUGCGGCCCCAUGAGGGAGACCAGGUGGUCCCUUCUUCUCAGAGACGGACAGUGUUUGGGGGCCUCCAGAGAGAGGCCAAACCCCUGCCGCCUCUGCCCGACCCUGAGGAGCUCAUGUCGGAUGAAGCAGCAGAUAACGAGGUGGAGUUUUUUACCAGUGACCGACAGCGCCUUUUGCCCAAAAGCUGCCCCAAGGCCAUUUCCAGGGGCAGUAACAGAGACUGUGGCCAAGUAAAUCAUGCCUACCAGGAGAGCUCGUUACGGGCGGGUGGUGCUGGGAUUGGCUCAAUGGCUUUCUCCUGGCCAGGCAGAGAGGACAGACCAACAGGUAGAGGAGGUGGGUUUGGAGCCAACGACUGGGCACUGUCUCUCCACAGAGAAGACCACCAGCAUGUGGUGUCAGCAGUUGGGGAUCCUUUGUGUAGCAAACAGCCGGACCAACACCAGUCAUCCAGAUUUCGUUUUUCCUUCUCAGGCCCUGCUUUCCAGCCACACAGCAGCACCACAACCUGCCCCCCUGACAAGCCACAAAUCCCUCCUCGUAUCCCCAUCCCACAAAAACCUCCUGCCCCUUUGAAAACUGUGAGCACCAACGAGGAAGACAAGCCCCCCAAAAUUCCUCCAAGGGUCCCUCUAGUCCCGCCCUGCCCACCACGUACCCCGAGCCCUAAGAGCCUUCCAAUUUAUAUCAAUGGUGUGAUGCCUGCCACACAGAGUUUUGCUGCUAACCCAAAAUAUGUGAGCAAGGCAUCACAAAGACAGCACAGUGAAAGGUCGCCACCUGCAGCUCAGUUUCCUCCCUGCAUUGUUCCUAUUUUGAAGGAUGGCAGACAGGCCAGUGCCACACACUACAUCCUCCUGCCGCCGGGCCAACCAGCAUGCACGGACAGGCGAGAGAGACUCCUCAGUGAACCGGCGAGGAUGGGAAACACAAGCGUAUGGCAGAAUAGAUAGAAACCCUCACUUAUGUCACUGGGUCUGAAACUUGAUGAGUACAAAACUGUGACGGACAUCAUUAAUAACCAUGUGAUACACUAUACAGAGUGUGUGAAAACAUCUUCAUGCUACAUUUGCAUGUCUAAUGUCAUAUUGGUGUUACUUUCAGUAACUGAUGUAUUCUGAGAUCACUUAUACCAGACCGCACUGUGACGUUUAAUGUGGUUUUUUUGUAACUGAAGAUUUCACCAGUCAGUAUUUUAUCGAGGCCUCCUCUAUUUCAACCCAGAAAACAACAUAACAUUCCAGUGUUUUCACUAAUAGUGAAGACGUAUUUACCUCCUGUAAACAUUUUUUAAUUUUGGGUACUGCAGUUAUCUCACAGGGAAAACGUCUCAACACUCAUUUAUUUUAAGUCUUUAAGUCUGACAUCCACAUGCUCAUAUCACUAAAAGAAUCUGAGCUAAUAGCACAUUUUUUUUUGUUAGAAGUGAGCAAAUAAUUACUGUCUGUACAAGCUGGGCUUGUUCAUGUAUGUUUUAUGAAAAUGCUGCUUUUAAAUCAUAAGUAUAAUGUAUUGAUAGAUUUAUGUUUUGCAGGAUCAUUCUCACAUUAAGAUAACGAUUUAAGGUAAAUUUGACAGUGACCGUUUGGCCAAUAUUGGAAUCACACAAGUUUUGAACUACAGUGAUAUUUUCACCUGAUAAAACUCUCUAUAAGGUUUCAGUGGAUUCUAUUCAAUUUCAAUGCUCAUGCCUCAAGUUCUAUGUGCAAGUGCACUUAACUUUUAUUAAGCAGCUGUCACAAUCAAAAAAAGCUGAUCUUUUUAUUUCAAAGUUACACCAAGCCAACCAAAAUUCAGAACACAACAAACCUGCUGUCACUCUUAAAUUGACAGGUCCUUUGAUGCACAUACUGUCUGAAGAACAACUAAGUCAUUAAUGUUUUCGGAUGCUGUUAAAGGCUUUACAUCAGAUGUGUUUAUAUACACAUUUGUAAAAGAGGCCUUUAUUCUUAUGAUCAGUUGAUGAACACUAAAUAUAACUCAUUAAGACAAACUAUUUAAUAAUGUAUGUGAAUUUAGCUCAGAUACUGCAUACGGUCAAAAAUGAAAAGAUUGGAGCUUUAGUAAUUCCUUUUGUGUCUGUGUGAGGGCAGGGAAUUCAUGUUACAUUAACACCAUUGAGGUGCAGACCCACAUUUACAGCCUUUGUUACACCAGUGGGUUGGAAGUUCUCAUGAAGGUUCUGUGUCAAAUUUCACCUGAGCAAAGGCAGUUUGUAAGUUCUAAAUGUUGCGUCAAAAGUAAAUCAUUGUAAAAUUGUGUUUUUAAUCUAUUUAUAGAAAUAAAAUAACUUAUUCAUUCUAUAAUUGGUUCAGUGUUCAAUGUUUUCUGGAUGGCGGUCUCUGCUUUGCCAAUAUUCUCACUGUGACGCAAGACUAAUAGAUUAUUUAAUCCUAUUCGUUUCUUUGAAAAGAGGAGGCAAACAUCAGCUCUUUUUCCCACCACUAUUGUGCCAUGGAUAUUUAAAGAAACUACAACUAAGAAGAAGCAUCUUCCAAAAUUUUUUAAUUUACUUAUAUUAAUCAACAGUAAGUCGUGAUUCUGCGAUGACACAACACAUACUAUAAUGCAGACAAAAUUAAAUGUGUACCAUACAGUAUAUAACUCAUCAUUAAUAAUGUAAUUAUUGACUUAAUGUUUAGGUUGAAGUUUGUUAAUGUCUUUUGCUAGUUUAUAUCUGAUAAACACUUUUUUAGAAAAGGUAUGGCAACCUACACUAGGUGUGGACACGUUACCAAUACUUUUAAAAGUCCUGUACCUAUAUUGAAUAAGAUACAUCAUGAUUACUUGAAAAAUGUCUAAUCUCUAAUCACACA